AAAAAAGUUAAAAACCUCUCUGUCUCUUUCUCUCUCUAUCUCUCUCACUCUUUCUCUCACUACAUCCAAUUCCACUUCUUCUUCUGUCUGUCCUUCAUCCUCUUUUUUUCAUUCAAAGAUAUCAUCUUUACCUUUGAUACCACAAACCCUUUUGUUUUCUCUCCUCAAUUUUGCAUCUACAAUCUCUAUUCUCAGCUCUCAGCUCUCAAAAAACAUGGUUCCACUUGGUGCUGUUUUUGCUGUUGUGUGUUCUGUGUUCAUGGUUCUUGUCACUUUGAGUUUGGCUGGAGAUAUAGUACACCCUGAUAACGUUGCUCCCAAGAGGCCUGGCUGUGACAACAACUUCGUUCUGGUUAAAGUCCCUACUUGGAUUGAUGGGGUCGUAAGUUGUGAGUAUGUUGGUGUUGGUGCAAGAUUUGGCCCGACCUUGGAAUCAAAAGAAAAACGUGCUAACCAUACUAGAGUUGCCAUUGCAGACCCUCCUGAUUGUUGUAGCAAGCCUAAGAAUAAGCUCACUGGGGAGAUUAUUUUGGUGUACCGAGGACAGUGUAGUUUCACAACCAAGGCAAAUAUAGCGGAAGAAGCUGGGGCUUCAGCCAUCCUCAUUAUAAAUAACCGUGCAGAACUUUUCAAGAUGGUUUGUGAAGAGAAUGAAACUGAUAUUGAUAUUGGAAUACCUGCUGUCAUGCUUCCACAAUAUGCUGGCGAGAACUUGGAAAAUCAUAUACUAAACAAGUCCACAGUGUCUGUGCAGUUAUACUCUCCACGGCGCCCAAUGGUUGAUGUUGCUGAAGUCUUUUUAUGGCUUAUGGCGGUUGGUUCUAUUCUCUGUGCUUCUUAUUGGUCUGCCUGGACUGCCCGAGAGGCUGCUACAGAGCAAGAGAAGCUAUUAAAGGAUGCUUCAGCUGAGUAUCUAAAUAUAGGAGAUACUGGUUCAAGUGCUUUUGUGGAAAUCAGUACUACAGCAGCGAUCGCAUUUGUUGUUAUUGCUUCAUGUUUCUUGGUUAUGCUUUACAAAUUAAUGUCAGCCUGGUUUAUUGACGUUCUGGUGGUUCUAUUUUGCAUUGGUGGGGUUGAGGGACUGCAAACUUGCUUGGUGGGUCUGUUAUCUUGUUUCAGAUGGUUCCAACAUGCUGGACAAACAUUUGUGAAAGCACCUUUCUUUGGAGCUGUAUCAUAUCUGACACUUGCUGUUACUCCCUUCUGCAUAGUGUUUUCUGUCCUUUGGGGAGUUUUUCACCAUGAAUCGUUUGCUUGGAUUGGUCAAGAUAUUCUCGGUAUUGCAUUGAUAAUUACAGUUCUUCAGAUUGUCCACAUACCAAAUCUCAAGGUUGGAACUGUUCUUCUCAGUUGUGCCUUCCUAUACGACAUCUUCUGGGUGUUUGUCUCUAAAUGGUGGUUCCACGAGAGUGUGAUGAUAGUGGUAGCUCGAGGUGAUAAAAGCAGAGAAGACGGUAUCCCCAUGCUACUCAAGAUACCACGUUUGUUUGAUCCUUGGGGUGGUUACAGCGUGAUUGGUUUUGGGGACAUAAUCUUACCAGGGCUUCUAGUAGCAUUUUCACUGAGGUAUGAUUGGUUGGCAAAGAAGAACCUCCGAGCUGGAUACUUCUUGUAUGCAAUGACUGCUUAUGGUUUAGGUCUCCUUGUGACAUACUUAGCUUUGAACUUGAUGGAUGGGCAUGGUCAACCAGCUUUGCUUUAUAUUGUCCCAUUUACACUUGGAACCUUUUUGUCAUUGGGAAAGAAGAGAGGUGAACUCGAGAUUUUAUGGACAAGAGGGAAGCCAAGAGUGCCUUGCCCUCACAUCCAAGAGGAUCAUCAUCAAUCAAUGGACCAGAAAUCCUUAGCAGAAUAGAAAGAAUCCUAGAUGUUCUUCACAGGAAACUUAUACCAAAAACCUUAGGAAAUCAUGUAACAUUUGUAACUUUGUCAUAACAAAACUUAGCCAAAUGAUAUGAUAACAUGUACUGUAAUCAGCAGCAAAAUGAUUAGAUCUUUUUUUUCCAAUUUAGGAGAUGGGGUUAGAAGAUGAUCUGAUGUUAGGAAAUUUAAGAGAUUUUGUUCCCUGGUUAUGGCUUCAGCUCAGGAACAUUGUUCUUUAUGAUUAUCUUUUAGAGGUUUUCCUUCCACAAGGGUGACAUGCGUGGUGACAACUUUCAAUCACCAGAGAAGACAGGAAGAGGAUUUCAAAGCCAGUAACAUGAGCUGUAUGAAGAUGAAUACCAUCAAUAUAACUAUUAUUUGAAAAAUAUAAAGAAAUUGUGAAUUUGAGGUUA